AUGCAGCUCAUAAAGAAUGCUGUUACGGUCACGCUCAAGAGGGAAGACCAAGCAUUGCCGAAUAUCAAGCAGUAUUUUGUUGAGUGUCCUGGACGAGAUGCCAAGUACCAGGCUGUUGUUGAAUUGUACAGCGGGCUGACGAUAGCGUCAUGUGUGAUUUUCACGCAUACUCGAAGAAGCGCGUCAUGGCUGGCGGAACGAAUGGUUGAAAAAGGGCAUUCGGUUGGUGUUCUGCACGGUGAGAUGUCCGUAGAGGAACGUGCUGAAUCCAUUCAGCGAUUUAAAGAUGGCGACUUCAAGGUGCUCAUCACAACAAACGUGUGCGCUAGAGGUAUUGAUGUUACCCAAGUGACCAUAGUCAUCAACUAUGACCCACCGUUGUUAUACGAGAAUCAGUCUGAACCUGACUAUGACACCUAUCUUCACCGUAUUGGACGCACCGGCCGAUUUGGAAAGGCAGGCAUAGCGAUUAACUUUGUGGACAGCCGUGAAGCGCUUAUCAUUAUUAGGAAAAUUGAAGCUUUCUUCGGAAAGCCGAUUCCAAGACUCGACCCAAGUGAUCUCGAGCAACUGGAGGCUGUUGAAAAUGACUAA